CCCACCCUCCUCUUCCCUUCGUCCUCCACCCCGCAGAUCACUACCCUAAUCCAUCCAAUCUAUUUCCCCACCCCUCUUCCCCUUCCCUCACAGCCGCCAUGGAUGAACAAGACUGAACAAAAUAGAAACCCAAGCCACAACUGGAGAAAAAAGCAGAGGGAGAAGUCAAUUACAGAAGAAAACAUGACGGGCAUGGAAGGCUCUUACCAGGCAAAUGAAGUGUUCUAUGGAGGCGACUACAUUGGUACUCAGCCUGUGCGCUCCCAGUACCCGGGAAUGUGGUUUGACCCAAGGAUUUCUCAAAAGCAAUGCGACGGGGUUAAUUUUCUACAGAUGAUUCCGCCUUACUCAUUGGCCUAUCCGGUCCAUCAGAUUGGAACAUCGACACAUCCUCUGGCUGUUGUGAGUAACAAUUCCGUUCCGGUGACUGGACAACAGGCUACCCCAGUUGUCAAACAUAAAGAAAAUGCAUUAGUGUUGAGUCCAGGCUUUGGCAUGAACAUGUCAUACACACAAAUGUUGCUUGCGGCUGAAUCAGAGGAUCCUCUAUUUGGUUCACCACACACAAAGUACUAUCCUGUUGGGGCUGAGAAUGAGACAUUUAUGAUAACUGGACGAAACACAAGGUUGAGCGAGCUAGUUGACAUGGACAAUCCAAAAUCAAGCAAGUACAUUGAACAAGAUGAUCCUAGCAAUUGGAACAACAACCAGACAGAUUUCCAGGAGGCUGAUUUAGCAUUGCAAACUGUCACAUGGGAUGAUGGCGUCCCAGCUCAUGGUGCAGAGCUCUUGCAGGCUCUAGGGAUUUGUCCUGGAGACAAUCAAAAUGAAGACGAUACAUGCAGUGAAGAUUCAGACACCGAUCCAAGUGCAUUUAACAAAGUGCUAGUUGUUGGUGAAGAAGAUGCUAAUCAGGUAGUUGCUGGACAUGGUGAUAACGAAGUUGUGGACGAUGACGCUAACCAAUUCUCGCCAGAUGACAUUGACAAUUUCCUCGAGAAUGAUUCGGUUCUCGCUGCUCAGACUUGUAGCCAAGAGGUUCGCAGCCGCCAUGUCCCGCAAAUGGGUAUGGAUUUCGAGACAUCGAAAGGAGCACAAGCAUUCUACAACAACUAUUCUUGCUUGUGUGGAUUUGCUGUGCGAAAAGCAUCAAACUAUUGUGGGCAAACUAGCGCAGGGGGUGGCGAGUCCCGAUGUAUUUUCAGAUGCAACAGGGCUAGAAAGGUGCUUGAUGAGGAACAGAAGAAGGCUAAGAGGCAACAAAGAAAGGAUAGGUGGCAACAACGAACUAGAAAGCUAGCACCAGAGACAAGGAAGAGAAAAAGGAAUGUCAUUGAUGUCACAGGGUGUCAGGCUAAACUGGUUUUCACCAAAAAAAUGACAGAUGGUUUAUCACAGACAUCAACCUCGAGCACAACCAUGACUUGAGUCCACCGGAUGAAUCAAAGUUUCUGAGGUCGCAUAAGCAAAUGACAGAUGAAGAAAAGUUGUUAGUGAGAACACUGAACUCAGCAAAACUGCCAACAAGAAAAAUAAUGGACAUACUAUCAUUUUUAAGGCAUGGCCCUCUUCCAUACACGAAAAAUAUGUGACGAAUGUGAGGGCAUCGAUCAGGAAAGAGAAUGAUGGCAAUGAUAUGAUGCAGCUGCUCAACUACUUCAGGACCAAGCAAGCAGAAGAUCCAAGAUACUACUACAAGUUUAAGGUUCAUCCGCAAAAACCAAGCAAAGUGUUGUGCAUUCUCUGAGUUGGUGGCUACUCAAGGAAAAUGUAUGAUCUGUAUGGAGAGAGCCUAAGUUUUGUGA